CGUCGAAGCGUCGAGGCGUUUCAAUCAGCCAAUAUGCUACUCGAAACAGCCAAUCUUGAACGGCACAAUGAUAAGGCGACCGCGGGACAUGCCCGGUGGCAUCGAAGACAUGGCCGAGAUCCCAUUGUGCAAUAUAAGUUUCGAGUAUCAUCUUUAGCUGCCUUACGGAUUUCACGCUUUCACUCUCUUCAAGCAGGUCUUGGUCCUCACCAUGCCCCCAAACCAGAUCUCCGUCUCGGAAAUCUCCCAACACAAUAAGGACACUGACUGCUGGAUCGUCGUCGACAACCAAGUAUGGGACAUCACCAAAUUCGCGCCCGAGCAUCCUGGAGGGCCAGGAAUAAUCUACAAAUACGCCGGCCGUGACGCGACAAAGGCCUACAGCGAAAUCCACUCACCCUCCAUCAUCAAGAACAACCUUCCCGCCGAUGCGCUCAAAGGCACACUCGACAGAUCCACUAUUACCGAGGACUGGGCGCGACCACUCCCCGACGAAACACCCAAAGCAGAACCGGGCUCGUCAUCUGAGAAGCCACCCCUAGAGUCCCUGAUCAACGCACACGACUUCGAACUCGCGGCUCAGCACAGCACCACCGCAAAGACAUGGGCGUUCUACAGCUCCGCCUGCAAUGACUUGAUCACCAAAGACCUCAACGCGUCGUUGUUCCCUCGCGUGCUCUUCCGCCCUCGCGUGAUGCGCAAAGUUGGCACCAUCGACACCACAACAUCGAUUCUCGGCUACCCUGUCUCAUUCCCGCUGAUGGUCUCGCCCGCUGCCAUGGCAAGGCUGAUCCAUCCAGACGGCGAACUCGCUAUCGGACGCGCCGCCAAAUCAAAGUCAGUCAUCCAGUGUAUAUCGAACAAUGCCUCCUAUUCCGCCGAUGAAAUCGUCUCGCAGCCGCAAGUCCGUGACUACCCGUUCUUCUUCCAAUUAUAUGUGAACAAAGAGCGGCAUAAAUCCGAAGCUCUCCUCCAGCGGCUCCACCAGCAGAAGAACAUCAGGGGAGUCUUCGUCACCACCGAUGCCGCCGCAGCGGGCAAGCGCGAGGCCGAUGAGCGCGUCAAGGCCGACGAGAGUAUUCAGAACCCGAUGAUGACGACGAAGGCGAAGAACGACAAGAAAGGUGGUGGUUACGGCCGGUUGAUGGGCAGUUUCAUCGACCCCAACCUCAAUUGGGAUGAUAUCGGUUGGUUGCGGAAGCAGACAAAACUGCCACUUGUGCUGAAGGGGAUCAUGUCAGCCGACGAUGUGCGGCUUGCGCUGGACUACGGCCUCGAAGGUGUUGUCCUAUCUAACCACGGAGGAAGGAAUCUGGACACUUCGCCUCCUGGGUUACUGGUCCUGCUAGAGAUCCACGCUCGGUAUCCCGAAAUCAUUACGCAGCACCAUCCGCGCUCCGCAGCGGUGCGGUCAGGCGCGGCGAGGCCUUUCUCCAUUUUCGUGGAUGGCGGUGUUCGGCGCGGGAGCGACAUACUGAAGUUGGUUUGUCUGGGGGCUGUAGCUGCCGGUCUUGGCCGGCCAGUCCUUUUCGCAACAGGGUACGGUCAAGAAGGGGUCGAGCAACUCAUUGACAUUUUCAAAGAUGAAUUCGAGACCGGCAUGCGGAAUAUCGGUAUCACAAGCCUGGAGCAGUGUUCGCCGGAAUAUGUCAACACCGGAGCGAUCGAUAAGUGGGUCGCUAAACGAAGAGACCAUCCUUAUGCUUUAAGUUGGACCAAGGGUACUCUGGCGACGGACAAUCUGUUUGGGACUGGAAGGGAGAGUAAGUUGUAGGCAUCAUGCAUCUGGUGAACAAAUCAAUCAAUCAAUCAACCAACCAACCAGCUGAAUCCGAUGCCGAGUUUCUCAGUGGUAAGGAUAUUGUUCGAAGCGGAAGCUCCAUGUUCGUCGGGCAUUGUCGUCAAACCCAUAUCCUUUCGAACUCGUCCCCCCAGUGUGCUGUAGAAUGGGCGGAACGACAGCCCAGCGAACGUAUCCUUCCGCAUCUGCAAUCUUCUCGAUCUGCAUAUCGACCAAUCCUUUUGUCUCAAUCCUCAGUUUAUCUAAGACAUCCGGAACCAUAUCUCGGGGGUAGACAAACCCUUGCGAGCAGCAUCCGUACUUAUU